UCAAGGUUUGCGUCUGUUCUGGAUCUUAACCCCCUUGACGCAGGGUGAAGACAUUUAGUUAGUGUGCCUGUACACUGCCUUGUAGUCAGUGGAAGGGAAUUCAGGCUUUGAGUCUCCCGUUUGGAUCAAACUCACUCUUUUUGCCCUUGAAAGGAAGGAAGGUCAGGUUGCUUCUGCAACCUGGUAGCUUUGAUAGUGGAUGGAAGGGCAUACUGUGUAUGUAGCUGCAUGGCUGGGUCCUACAGCUAUGCUUGAUCUUGGUGUCUCCAAAAAGUAAGCUUUUAAAAAGAUUAGCCUACUCCAGCUUGUGGACUGAUCUGGAAACACUCGGGACGCUGAGUGGCGGCGGCAGCAGCAGCAGCAGCAGCAGCAGCAGGAGCAGCCCCACAGCCACCGCCACAGCGCCCUGGCUCCUAAGCCCCCUGUGGGCUGAAGGCAUUGCAGGCAGCCCAUGGUCCUUGAGGAAGAGUGCAGAUGGGAUUACCGUCCACAUGGAGAUACGGAAGAGGACCAGGGAUUGGCACCGUGACCAUGGUCAGCUGGGGGCACUUCAUCUGCCUGGUCUUGGUCACCAUGGCAACCUUGUCCCUGGCCCGGCCCUCCUUCAGUUUAGUUGAGGAUACAACAUUAGAACCAGAAGAGCCACCAACCAAAUACCAAAUCUCCCAACCAGAAUCGUACGUGGUCGCCCCCGGGGAGUCGCUAGAGUUGCACUGCAUGUUGAAAGAUGCCGCGGUGAUCAGUUGGACUAAGGAUGGGGUGCACUUGGGGCCCAGCAAUAGGACAGUGCUUAUUGGGGAGUACUUGCAGAUAAAAGGCACCACACCUAGAGACUCCGGCCUCUAUGCUUGUACUACAGCUAGGACGGUAGACAGUGACACUUGGUACUUCAUGGUGAAUGUCACAGAUGCCAUCUCAUCUGGAGAUGACGAGGACGACACAGAUAGCUCCGAAGACUUUGUCAGUGAGAACAGGAACAACCAGAGUAAGUAACCUGCCUCUGAAGGUCUCCGAGAGAGGAGUGACGAGGGGAAGUCCCGCCUUCUGUCGAGUCCUCACCUGUCUUCUGUUGACUCCUCCAAACCACCGUGCUGUGUCCCUUGACCCUCACUGCCCCCCCCCACCUGCUAUGUCUGCUGUCCCUAUUUUCUAACUUGGGAAUAAAGUGUGUUGCUGUCCACCCUCUCGCCACUUGUCCUUUCUUUUCUGUGUCAACGGCUCUCUCUUCCAAACACUAUUUCUGUCUGUGGUUUUACUUUCUUCUUUGGUAUCUCAGUGUUCACAGAUAGACCAACUAAUAGGUCUUGUGGCCAUCUUAGUUUUCUUCAUAACCCCUGUCAUGCCUUUCCUGACGUAGGGGUGAUUGCCUCUCCUACCUCCCUGGAGUUUUUCAUUGUUAUUACUGGUUUAUUCAUUUAUGGAGACAAGGUCUCAACUUUGUUGCUCAGACUGGACUUGAACUCCUGGGCUUGUGUGAUCCUUCCAUGAGCCUCUUGGGUACUGGGGCCCACAGGUGUGAGCCAGCUUGCCCAACUGAUCCAUUUUGGAAAGUCCUCCAUGGGGCCUGGUGGCAGCUUGUGGUUGGAGGUCAGAGAUGUUCCUUAUAUGUGUUGUAUAGCUUAACAAGAUGAUCUGGUCCAGAGCACACAUGUUCUGAGGCUGAGAGACCCCCAGCCUUUGCAACACUGCUCUUGCUGAGGGGAAGAAAGCAUGUCUUCCUCUGAGGACGGUGAUGAGGAAGGGGGUGAGUGCUGGCAUGUCUCAAGGCGGUGGGCACUGGGUAC